AUGCACCCGUGGACUUCGGGAAGAAAUUCGCCGUUUUUACCUCCCGACAACGAAGGCGCGGCGGAGUUGGGGGGUCCUAACCCUGGCAUGCCGUGUCUCCGGUGUCAGAAAUCAGGCAAGCCUUGCAUUGAUGCCGCGAGCCAACCAGGGAAGAGACAAAGCCAAUUCAACAACCGCAUCCUCGAGCUGGAAUCGCGAAUUGAAUCGAUAUUGUCGUCCGCAGAACUGCAGGACAGCGUAGGGGACAAGGAUAUCGCCCAACCUAGCCCUCUGCGUUUGCCUUCAGAAUUGUCGCACAACACCCAACAACAUGAUCGGAACCCGUCCAUGGGAUCCAUGAUACCGUUCAAUGAUAGGAACAAUACAGACUUGGAUGAUCAUACCACAGAAACGAUUUUCACUCGUUAUGUGGCCAACAUGGCGUCCACCUUUCCGGUCGUCGUCUUUCCACCAGGCACCACAGCGGCCGACGUCCGAAGGAGUAACCCUGUCCUUUUCCUGUCUAUUCUCGACGUGGCCUCGUCAGGAUUCUGUGAGCUUGGAACUCAGAGGAAACUCCGGAAGCUGAUUGUUCAGGCGUAUGUGUAUUGCAUGCUGCGAUCCAAAGAGUAUACUCUCGGAUUGCUCCAGGCCUUGAUUGUGUCUGCCACUUGGUAUCGUACGAUUGAGCCUGUCGAGCCUGGGGAACAGAUGGACAUCUACCAGAUCAGUCACACAGCAGCCAAUAUGGCCUUGAUCAUGAGAUUGGGGGAGAGUUUGAACGACAAAUCCUGGCGGAAGAAAAAAUGUCCUGGAAGCGCCCUCCAGGCGGAGUCGCUGGAAGCUCGGCGAGUGUGGCUAGGGUGUCACUAUAUAUGCUCGAAUACUUCCAUGUCCCUCCGCGCCCCGAAUGUCAUGAGAUGGACCCGUCUGAUGGACGAAUGUCUGGAGGUAUUGGAAACUUCCCCGGCAGCCCUUCCGUCGGACAGGCUUCUGUGUCACCAUAUCCGGCUGCAGCAUAUAACCGAGGAGUUCGCGAUGCUUAUGUCUUCGGAAGAGACUUCUGCUCCUGAGAAAUCACGAGCGACCCAGAUCCAGGUGACCCAUUGUGCUUCCAAACGGCAGCUCAGCGAAUGGCGUCGGAACGUUGCCGACGGUUGGGAUGUGGCCCACUGCACGGCGACGAGUGAAGAGCUUCCCAAUGAAGACAACACUCAGCAUUCGGCGCCACCACUACCGAUCGUGACAGUCGAGCCGCAUGCGGUUACCGAUUUUAUGGAAGCGAUAGACGGCAUCUUUCGAGUGUUCACCUCGCUGGAUAUGUCGACCAUUCGGGCCCUACCGGCGAUGCACCUGAUUCGGAUAAUCUACACAUUCAUCAUUCUGGUCAAACUAUACUUCGCGGCAGCCAAACUACCGACUCAGAACGCCGUACUGCAAGUCGACCGACUCCAGGUCUCUGAGCGCCUCAAUCGCGUUAUCCAGAUGACCGCAGGAUGGGGACCUUUGUGGCCCGCUACGAAACUAACAACCGUGUUCUCCAGAAUGCGGUCGUGGCUCGAAAGCGGAGAAGAGGGCAGUCGCCAGAGGUUGCAGUGGGCCGGGUCGUGGCUCACUGUAUGGGAGUUCAAACUGUCGGCCAGUAGCCGAGACAAGCACGCCAUGAACAUGGUCGAAGCCGCCUCCGGUGGUGGAUCGAUAGUCGCUUCCAGUUCACGAGAUCCCGCGUCCUGGGCUCCGUCGUUGGCGUCCACGGACAUAGAUACUCUGGCCUUUUCGCUCGAACCACCUCUUGACACUGGGUUCUCAGCACCCCCUCCACCUGCGGAAAGCCAACGUCUCGAUGAUCUUCCAGAUAUAGAUCAGAUGGACGACAUGGGUAUGGACUGGAGCCAAUUCUCAAACAUGGACUUUGACUUGCACAAUUUAGCCGCGCCCUUCUCGCCAAUCCCCCCUCGUGGCUUUGAUCCUGACGCAGCAAUGAAGGGAAAUUACUCAAGUGCACGUUAUGAUGCUAUUUAA